UGCACUUGCAAAUAAUAUUUUGCUAUUGAUUGCAAUGAGAAUUCUUCAAGCCUGCGGUGCAUCUUGUGCAAUCUGUGUUGGAGUUGGAGUGUUAAAUGAUAUUUUCAAUCCAAAUGAAAGAAAUUUUGCAUUUGGAAUAUAUUUCGCUGGAUAUUGUGUUGGCGAUUUAUUAGGUCCUGUGAUAGGAGGAUAUUUAGAUCAAUAUUUAGGUUGGAGAUGGAUAUAUUGGUUUCUCACUAUCUACGUUAGUCUCCUUCUUCUCCUUAUACUUAUAUUCGUUCCAGAAACUUAUUACCUAAGACCUUCAUCAUCAUCUGAACUUCCAUUAUCUCGUUCCCUUUUAUCACGUUCACAAAAUAAAUUAAAUCUUUUUAAACCUCUUG